CUCUUAAACAGGUGAGACAGAAGUUUAGCUCGAUGGACAUCUCACUGAAAGAAAACCUGCGAGAAAUGAUUGACGAAUCUUCGAACAAAUUUGGAUUGAAAGAUAUUCGUGUGCAGACAUUUUGCGUGCAGUUUGGAUUUAAGAAUAAGUUCCUUGCUGGUGAUGUUGUAUAUGCAGCCACAGCUCUUCUGGAGAACACAGAGAAAGAGGAGAGUACAACAGACAGUUUCAUUAGGGCCCUGGACUCUUUGUCAAGGAGUAACCUUGAUAAGCUUCGACAGGGACUGGAACUGGCAAAGAAGCAACUAUGUGCAAUUCAGCAGACUGUGGCAAGCUGUAUCUGUACCAACCUGAUCAUUUCCCAGGGACCUUUCCUCUACUGCUACUUAAUGGAGUUGAAACUUGACAAACUUGUAACUAGUUGUAGCGCUCAGCUGUUGGGUGUGGACUGUGGAGGGAAACCGGAAAUUAUGAAUCCAUCAGUUUGCAUUCUUUGGAUUGUUGUAGUAUCAGCAGCGGUAGUAGAAUUGUAUAAUAAGUUGGAAAGAGAGUGA